GCUACAGGCAUUACAGGCGUUGUCGGGGACAUUAACGUCAUCACGCCGAACAGGAAAAGUCUUUGCAGAUGAACUGGUUCAUGUGUACUGCGCACACUUUCCACAAAAAUGGGAUGAAGAUUCAUCCACAGAGUAAAUCCGUAUUAUGGAAAAUGUUUUUAAAUCCAGUUUGGAAAAGUUAUCUGAAGCUUGGUGAUGGUGACGUUGAAGUCGAGUGACCGUGCUGUAGUUUAUUUAUAGCAUACCCUUAGCUUUUUUAUUUCUGGCGAUUGUAUUUAAGCUUCAAACUUCAUAAAAGUUGUGUUCAUUUGUGAAAAUUAUCUUAACGGACAAAACUUGUUAGUAUUGUAAACUUUUGUCGAUGACAGAGCUUAUUUUUGCGAUAAUCCAAAAGUCUUUGGGAAAUUCAUAUUGGGUUUUUGUCGAGGGAACUAGUGUGCUGCUAACUUCCGGGUUCCGGUCCAAAAUGACGUCAUCUCCGCGCUCUUUUAUUUAGCAGCUAGUGUGUGGUGUAGAAGAGUAGAACAAUGAUACGCUCUGUUUGAGCAUACCCCGAACACAGAGUACAAGAGCACGGAAACAUAUCUUGGACGGCUUCUGAUUGCUGUAGCAAGAUAUACAUUAUUAUCAACAACGUGAACUAGUUAAAACAUAGCUGAUAUGCUGAUUUAUGGCACUGUUUUGUAAACAUGUAACUUUACCGGAUACGAGUGAAAUUCCGCUUCCUGGCGGGUGACUUGAAGCUAAAUGCUGUUUUCUCUUUCAGCAUGUCUGCACUUGUGGAUGAAGCGAUCAAGCUGUGUAGAGCAGAGGAGCUAAAACUCGCCAAAACUAUCCGCCAAUAUAAAGACAUUUUAGGCUCCAUGAAAACGCGUGUGAAAGACAGCAGCGAAGUGGAAACCAGCGUGAAAGAUAAUGACAUUCCUCUGACAGAGAGACAAGAGGUUGAACUCCUAGAAAAAGCUUUGAAAAAGGCUUUGAAAAUCCGCAGCAGCUCUGCAGUUGGCUCGAAUUACCAAGAAAAGCCACGUUCAAGUGGCAGCAAUAGUAAAGCUCCUGCUGUUAAAGACGGUGAUAAGAUAAGAAACCCACAAACAUCAUCAUUGUCAUCCUCUGAGGUGAAAGGAACCCGUCAGCGUGCAGGACAAUUAAACAGUUUUGCACGCCAGGUUGUGGUCAAGGCAGUACCAUUGUCUCGGCCCACCAUCAAAGGGAAGCAGUCGGGUAUGAAACCUUUAUUGACACAAAAAACUACAGGAGUCGAUGUCCAAAUAAAACCCUGUGAGAUGACAAGUUGUUCCCUAGACUCAGACAGAGGAAUGAUGAGCGUCGGUUUAUCUUCUACAGAAGAGAGGACAUCUCGUUCAGGCCAGGAGUUAAAAACGCAAACUGAAGCAUCAGCUCCUAAAGAGCAAUGGGUGCCCUCUCCUUCCUUACCAUUAUGGCAGGCACAACGGGCCAAAAAGAACAAACUGUGGAAUAAAAUGUUGACCAAAUAUUCUAAGCCUGUACCAGAGAGAGACCACUUUAAGAAGAGACUUAUUAGCACUUUUCCCACAGAAUGGGCUUCUGUCCACAUAACAGCCAUGGAAGCAGAUCUAGAUGUCCUUACACAGCUAGGGCUGGACCUCACUCACUGCUAUAAUGCCGAGCUCCAAAGCUACCAACUGGGAUGGAGUCCAGAACCAUCAACAGAGAAGGAAUAUGAGUCUCUGCUAAUGCUGGCAGGCCUGGAAAAAAUGAUGAUCCAGGUCAUUAACGAAGCUCAUCACCUCAAAAAAGAUUGGGAUAGGAAGAUGGCAUGGUGUCAUGGGGCAUUGUGUCCAUUGCGUAGUAGGGUUGAGUGGCACGACUCGGAGCAACCCUGCCUUCCCCCCAUACUGGCCUAUAGCAGCGAAGGCGAGCUAGAAGAGCUGCACAGUCUGAGACUACGUGUAGCUCAGCUGAAGCUGGAGCUCCGCGUGCACCAGGCGAUCUGUGAACUCGCAGAUCUGAUCUCCUAUGAGUCUUCUUCAUUGGGGCGCCCUAGUGCUACUGCACUUCGUGGUGUGUAUUCGCUUCUGGGAGCUGGAGGUGCUCAGUUUCCCAGCCUGGUUUUGGACAUUGAUUCAACUCAAACAUGAAGAAAGAUAACAUUCAUUUUCUUAUGAAGUGGACAAAGUGAUGAAACUACACUUAUUUAGUCCUAACCGUUCAGAUACGGUCCUCCUAAACCUGAUAUGAACAGAUUUUUUGGUAGAUGUGUUUGACAGAUGUUUGCUCAAUUGCCUGGGCUCAAUCUACUGGGUUAAAUACUGGCAGCCAAGAUCCUGCAGCUGCUUCGGAUGUAGCAGGAAUAAAGCUGCCAGCUGCCACGAACAGCUGUUUUUCUUCUACUUUUUCUACUUAUAAUUUUAAAUCACCGCACUGCAGGAGUUGAUUUGGAGGCUCAUCCAAAGCCUUUUAUAUUUCAAGCAUUAAUAUUAAGAUCAGUAAUAUAAAUGUUGUGGGUUAUGUCUCAUGAGUCAUGUUUUGCUGAGCUUUUACCAGCAGAGAGCACCAUGUUACAAAUUAGUUUGAAGGUUAAGCUGUGCCUGCCCUCCUGUUAUGUACCUUUGCCAUGACAUAGAUUUUACAAAUGAAGGACUUGUUAAAUAGAUAGGAUAUGUUGUCGUGUUUGUAUCAAGAGCAAGGAAAGCAGUAAAACAUCCAAUAAGGGAAGCUCAAACACCUGGAUUGGGGGCUGUUGUAUAAUGCCUAAAACAGUCAUGAUUUAUCACAAUUUUGCAAUGAGUUUAGGAACAUAUUAGAUUUAUUUAACUUUAGCAUUUUAAAUCUGCAGAUAACAGUCAGGGGACUUUUAUCAUCCUAUAUCCUCUCAAGUGUGUAAACCUUUUAUUUAAAAAGAAGUAUUUGUCUAAACACACAAAAACAGUCUGACUACAAAUAAAUAUGACAUCCGAGUGCUGUUACUACUUUUGACUUCA